AUGGUCAGAUACUUUGACCCCCGUUAUAUUAUUACCUGUGUCAGUUGCAGAAAUCCAAUUGAAGAGAAUGAAAAAAGCCAGACCAAAAAUGUCUACAACCAGCAAUUAUAUGUUUCUGCAAGUAUACGUGUGUUCGUAUCUUUAUAUGUAUGCAUUUCUAUGUCUUCUUGUUUUCGAGCCCUUUGCUGCAAAGGACCUCCACCUCCACGACCAGAAUAUGACUUGGUUUGCAUAGGUCUCAGUGGCUCUGGCAAGACAAGCCUGUUGUCCCAGCUCUGCAGCGAAAAUAGAGAAAAUAUAGUGUCCACUACAGGUUUUAGCAUAAAAGCAGUGCCGUUCCAGAAUGCUAUCUUGAAUGUAAAAGAACUUGGAGGGGCUGACACUAUCAGAAAAUACUGGAGUCGUUACUAUCAAGGAUCUCAAGGAGUAAUAUUUGUAUUAGACAGUGCUUCUUCAGAAGAUGAUUUAGAAAUUGCUAGGAAUGAACUGCAUUCUGCGCUGCAGCAUCCACAAUUAUGCACUUUGCCAUUUUUAAUAUUGGCCAAUCAUCAAGACAAGCCAGCUGCUCGUUCAGCACAAGAGAUCAAAAAGUAUUUGGAACUUGAACCACUUGCACGAGGGAAACGUUGGAUACUUAAACCCUGUUCCUUGGAUGACAUGGAGUCAGUAAAAGACAGCUUUGGCUUCCUGAUAAAUUUACUAGAAGACAGAGAUCUUGAGCCUUCAAGGAUGUGAAGAAAACAAGAAUGGCUCUCAGAUAACAUUGUACCUGUUUGUCUCUCAGUGAAUUAUGGUUUGGUAUACAGAAGGAUGUGUUAGAGCUUGUAAUAAAUAUAUUUUUGCAUUAAUCCCAGAAAGUCUGUUUAUAAAUUCUGUGAAUCAGAUUUAUGAUUAUUUUCAUUAAUGACGCCUGUACUACUGAAUCGUGAAUUCUUCUUAUUUACCAACAAAUCAGUUUACUGUAUGAGAGUUUCCUGACCUGUAAUAGCCAUAAUGCAGAAUUUUGUUGUACGGGCAAAGUUUAAAUCUAUCUGUAAAUGGAAACCCAAAGUUUUUUGAAAAUGUAGUUGUUGAGAACCAGACUACAUUUUGAAACCAAGGAAUUCAUUUUGAUGCAAAGAACACCAAACUUUUCAAAGAAUAUAUCCCACCUCCACUUUUUAACAAUUACAAAUUGAUUUUUUUUUAAAAAAAACCCAUUAAUUUAGUAGGAAGUAUGGCAAAAACAUCAUUCAUCAAACAAUGAAAAUAUCAGUAUUUUGUUAGUAUUUGGAAGCCUCAAGUGCAAAUUGCCUUUGUAAAUUAAAAUUAAGUUGAUAAUUGUGUAAAAUGAUGAAAUGGAGGCUACCUUGUAGUUAAAAACGAGAACAAUAAGCAAGAUUAAAUAAUCACUGGAUGUAUUAUUCUUCAUGACUAGUGUUAUGCUAGAGUUCCUAGCCUUUGGAAUUAUUAAAAAAAAUUCAGUGUCUCUGAAUUAUAUUCGAACGUCUACUGUCUAUAUUU